AGAACUGUAAAUACCUGAAGCUUUUACGUCAAUGUCAAUUCUAGUGCACUCAUGAAACGCAACGUGAAUUUUUAAGUAGUUCACAUUUAUUUAUUUUAGUUUUAAUCAGAUAGACCAUUUUUUUAUUAUGAAUUGUAAUAGAAAAAAAACGUAAUUAAUAAAAUAAAAACAUACGAAAUUAAGAAAAAGAUGUAAAUAAUUAUAAACGAUGAAAGGAACGUGCGAACCAUGAACUGGUCCACUAUUGUCGACAAGAGAGGGCUUACACUGACGAGAAUUUAACGAAGUUUCGUGUGUUGUAUUUUUUUUUAUACUUUACAGAUUUAAAAAAAUGGUGGCCUUAAUAUUAAAUUAUAACUUGAGCAAUUAGAAAAGAUUAGAUCGGCGUUGUAGUAAACGAUCGAUAAUUAUGUGAUGAAAAUGAAAAUCAAGGCAUGAUCUUUCCACCAAAUAAUAUUUAUUAAUAAGAUCUUAAGGCUACAAAAAAUUUUUAAAUUAUUUUUUGUGAUUGAUGGUGUGAAGUAUUGUUUUCUUAAAAAUAUUAACGCAUUGUAAACUUACAAGCAAAUAAGCAGUAGCACAUAUUAAUAUAACAUUCUAUUUGUGAGUGUGUUGAUGACAUUUUCACUCGUACAAUAAGACGCCUUUGGGGUUGAAAUGUAGAUCAUUAUAGAAUGUGCCAAUGCGUAGGUGUUUAAAUUCAUCUAAAAUGGUUAUGUAUUUUUACAGUGAAUUUUUAUUAUUUUGCAUACGAUGUCAUAUACAUUUAAAAUUUCGACAGUGUUUUCAUAAAUGUCCGGGUUUUCAAUCCAGGAUUGCAUAGUAAUUGUGAAAUAAUAUGACCUUAAAAUUCUCGGAAUAUUUAAAAUAUAAUUAAAAUGAGUAUUUACGGUUCAUCAAAGCUUACUAUUAUAUUGAAAAAUAUUUGUAUACACAUUAAGUAUCUAAUCACGGUAUAGAUUGAAAAUAUUUGUUGAAGUGACUUAUUGAAAUGUCACGCUGGUUAACUCAUAUUAAAAAAAGACACUUUUAAGAAAUAAAAAGGAUUAAACCGGCAGGAUGGAUCCCGGUGGGAUGUCAUUAUGCGAGAAAAGUCAUCAAAAUGUCGCACUCACUUGAAUUAUGUGAGGGGCACAACAGAAAUGUGCUCACGUGAUCCUCCUGUCCUCCACCCUGCCCUUACUAAGGCUAAUGGUAAAAGUUCCAGUCCCCAAUCAAGUUUUCUUGGUGAAUCUCGAAGUGAAGGUGGUUUACUUCCAACUCCUGGUGGUAGACUUAAAUUUUUCAAAGACGGAAAGUUUAUUUUAGAACUAUCCCAUCGACGUGAUGGAGAAAGAACUACAUGGUUUCCAGUUCCUAAGAAAACGUUUUGGCCUCCAGCUAGCACGACACCCAACAAGCAAGAGAUCAAUUUUCUCAGCGAUGAUAAUUCUUCCAUACAAUCGAGCCCAUGGCAAAGAGACCAUUGUUGGAAACAAAGUUGUCCCAGGAGAUCUACCUCUACAGAGUUUGAUUUUUACUACAGGCGAGAUCCUCGAACUCAUUUGCUUGCAUCGUCUCAUUUCCUUGUUCGGAAAUAUCGACGUCCAUUGGAUCCAACACCGUUGCAGUUUACUAUAAAAUUAAAUGCAACUCGUUCUAAAUCUAUCAAAAUAAAAAAUACUGAUGCGACUGGAAAAUCUUUAAGUCUUAUUAUCGAUAAAUUGUCUCGUUUGGAUCCGAAUGUAGUUUCACCUAGAAAAAGAAUUUUGCGAGAACUAGAAAAAGUUACACUAGAAGAUCAAGCUUCUAAAAGACGUGCGAAGCCACAGCCAAUUACAUUAUCAACUACGAUAAUUCCUACGACGACAAAUGCGAAUAUACCUUCAUCUAAGCAACUUUCAUCGUAUAGUAUAACAAGUAUUCUAGGAGAAAACAAACCAAAUCCUGAAUCGGGGUUUUUAAGAAAUUUACUCAAGUUAGAUGAUGGGCAUACUUUUAAUUACAUAACAAGUAAUUUUCACCCACGAACUAGAGUUGAUCCAUUGAGUGGAUCUGCAAAUACAUCAGUUCAUCAUCCGUUGUAUGGAGUUCCAGUGCUUCCUCCUGGUACAUACAGGGCACCAGGACUAUGGAUGCAUUAUCCCCCGCCCGUACAUUAUUCACCUCGAAUUCAUCCCACAUAUUUGCCACCACCACUUCAUUCAUCCCCUCCUGUUCAUCAUUAUAAAGAAUACAGAGAACAAACACUUACAUCUCCAUCAGAUAUGCCCUUAAAUUUAUCAAAGCAUGCAGGUUAAAACUCAGGAUCCUAAAAAAUCGGUGCCUUAGUGAUGAGCUAACUUAGAUGUGUAUACACUGCCGGAACAGCAACAGUACGAUUGUAAUAUUUUUAGUUUGUGGACAUUUGUAUAAAUACAAUGUACACAGUGACAUUCUCCCCCCAUAUAUAUACUUAUAAUUUUUACUUUGCUUUUAUACGUCUAGUUGAAAAAUAAUUUUUGUCUUCGAAUUCUUGUAUAAACUAUAAUAAUCUUCGUUAAAAUAAAUAAAAAAAAGGUAAUGUAAAUAAAUACUUCAUUUUUAAGUCUGUUUCAAUGAAUAUAGGAAUAAUAGAUUUAUAGAAUAUUGUUUUUAAAAAUUUGCAAUUCAGAUUUAUAUAAAUUUAAUAUUCUACAAAUUAUUGUAGCCAUUUAAACUAUAAAUAAGUCGAAUAAUUUUUAAUAUCAUAAACUAAUUGCUAUGACAUUCAAUAAAUAUGUUUAAAUUUGAAACAAUAAACUAACUGUACAUUUUUUAAUCCAAAAGACAGGAUAUAGAAACUAUGCAAGUGUUUUCGCAAAAUAGUAUGUUUUAAAUAAUUUGGUUACUCAUAUAAUUCGAAAAAAAAAAUUUUAUUUUAUUUGAGUUUUGGAUUGCUGGAAAUUAAUAACUUUUUAAUUAAGUAUUGUCAACAUCAAAAGCGUUAUAAACCAAAAGAUCGAAUGAAAAUAAAAUAAAUCUUGUAGUUAUAUAUAUGUGUAUGGGUGGAUGAUUAUAUAAAUACGCGUGAUUUUCUGAGUGUAUGUGUGGGUAAGGGCUGUAACUCAUUUGUUUUAAAAAAUUAUCGGUCUCAAUUUUAAGUAAGAUUAAUUUAUUAGAUUGAUUAACCUUAAUUAACUUGUGAGUAAUUUUUAGUGAGAAUUUCUCGUGCAUUUUGAAGUCAUAAAUUAAUGAUUUAAAAUUAUUUAACACGCUACUAAGCAUAAUAUUCAGAGAGAAAAAGUAUCGUGUCCAUUACUAAUAGACAGCGUGAACAUUACAAUACUCUUAUAAUUUAUACUUGGAUAGUGUUAACCUACUGUAUCACAAUUAUCAGAUACUGUAUCAUUAAUCUCGCUCCUAUAAGAUAACUAUCUAUUACUUUAUCCACGUGAUUUGAAGUUGAUGCAUAAAUUAAUUCUUACAACAAAUUUUCAAGUCAAUUAACUGUGUAUAUUUUAAUUUGAAAUUUAUAAUUUUAUAUUUGUAAUAACACACGAAGAAAUAUUUAUUUAAUAUCAAUAUACUUACAAUUAUGGAAUGUAUGUACAUAAUAAACAUUAAUGAUGACAUUUUUUAAUGUAAACGUAAGACAUGCGUUUAGUCGCUUUUAUGUGGUUGAAAAUUUUGAUACUUUUCAAAAUUAGUAUUCAUUAAUUUUUUUUUUUUUAUAUUGGGUAUUUUUGUUCUCGCCUAUGAGUCGUCUAGUUAUAUUUUGGUCAAGUACUGUCGAUGAAGUAACUCCAAAAAAAAAAAAGUGAAGAAACUAACGUUUCGAAUUACUAGGAAAAAUGAUAAAUUUUCAUCAACAGUACUUGACCAAUAUAUAACUAGAUGACUUAUAGCCGAGAACAAAAAUACCUAAUAUAAACAUAAAUUAGUUGGAUAAAAUGUUUAAGAAAAAUUAAAUUUUAAUAAUAUUUAUAAAUUUAAAUUGUUGAAUACACUGACUAUAUUUUAUUAAUUUAUAAAUAAUCAUGUUUCGUCUAUGAAUUAUGGAAGAGUCGUUUUGAAAGCUUUUCUUUAAGUAUCGGUGCUUAAAGUGCGGAUAGCAAUUAACACGUUCAGUUUUGCUGAAACAUUAGCCAGCUAUUUCUAUUAACGAUAAUAUAUUCACGAUACUUUUAAAUGAUGAUAACAGGUAUUUUAUGUUCAUCUAUAAUUAUGUAUAGAACCAAUUACAACACUACGUUUGCGAUUCAUUAUAUAGUUGUGAGAGCGAUACUUUUUUUCCAUAUAAGUAUUUUUUUUCUUAAUUUCAUCAUAUCCAUGUUAUUUCAAUUUAAUAAAAAAAAUCUAAAAGUUCAUAUGGUACUUGAUUAAGACUUUUUUUUUUUUUGACAAUAGUUACGAUCAUUAUUCAAUUACUUCUAAUUUGCGAAGACAUUUUAUUUCAAUAUAUUUUGACAUGAGAAAGAUGUAAAGAUAAAAUUUUUAUAGAAGUAAAAGAAAAUAAUAAUUACACAUGUAAUGAAAAAUCUUUACCUACGCCAAAUUUGAAGAGCCUGAAGAUAUAUGUAAAUAUAAUGUAUAAACUGAUUGCAUCAAUAGGCUCUCAAAAGCUUGAAGAGUAUUAUAACUAAAAAAGGAAAUGUUUAUAAAUAAAGAUAAAGGAACUAUUGAAAGCUAAGUGCAAUAAGUGACGUGACAUCGAAUGUAAAACUCUUAAUUUAUAUUACAUAACAUAAUUAACUUUUGAUUCAUACGAAAUAAAUUUCUUCAUCGCUGAAUAUUUGUUAGAUUAUGAUUUAUAUAAAUAAUUCAAUCAAAAUUAAAUAGAGAGUUUAUUUUAUAAACGAUGCGAGUUUUACAAUUUAUAGUGAAUAUUCACUUUGUCUGCAAAAAUGUGUCUUGGCGAUUACGAUAGUAGUGAAAAUAAAUAUGGGGCGUUUUUUAACUUUUCGUAUCUAUAUUAUAUUCAACACUUGAAGGGUAUUAGCUAAAAAAGUAUAAAUGAAGAAAAAUUUUUUUUCGACUUGACACUGGUUUUUACCUCAGGUAAUGUUACUGUUUAAAAAAAAUACUUUUGUCAUUUAUACUUUUUUUGUUCAAAUUCUUUCACUUUUGUUAUAGCUUUAUUAAAGAAACGAAAAAUGUAAUUUCUAUCAUGAUGGAUAAGAAAACAAUAUAGUAUAUAACUAUAUUCUUUGUACAGAUUAGAUGAUACACUAGAACAUGAUUAUAUUUAUAGAACUUGGGUUAUUAUUAUUAUUAUUAUUUUUUUUUUUCAUUUUAUAAUUAUUACAUGAAAUUGUAGAGUAUUAGCAUUUGUUGUAUAUCCCUUGAUAAUCGAAUAAUAGUAAUAAUACAAUUUCAGAGUCAAUAUGUAUCGCUGAAUAUUGUGACUGACUGAUUUACGAGUUUGAAGUCGUGCCUUAAAACCUGUCAAAACAUAUUUAAAAGGAAAAUAUAUUUAUAAAAGUAUUAUAGAAAAUUUUAGUAACGUACGUUUCUACCAUAGUAUAACUCCUAUAAAUUGUCAUCUAAAAGGGUGAGAUUCAGAAUUUACGAGAUAAACCAAUAAAUUAAACGAAAAAAAGUUUCUUUCUCUUUCUCUCUCUUGAAGGUGAAUUGAAAUAAUUUGAAUUUAUAGAAGUUCUGCUGACAAUCCAUAUUCCUGGAUAUAAUUUUUGAUUGAACUAAUUAAUACAUAGUACUUUGUGUCAAAUUAAUUUUGGAAAUUAACUUCAACAUACAAGCAAUAUCUUGAGUCGUUUAUUACUACA